UAUUGUUCUAGUGUAGUAUCCGGGGAGAAGGCGACCUCCUCUCAGCUGUUUGCGCCGCCGGACCAGCAACAUGUUGCCUCACUUCAUGCUAGUAAAACGGGUUUUAAAACCAACUGUGGCUUCACCCCUAUACAAUGCGCUGGCCAAGAGAUGCUCUUCACAUUUCACCUACUUCCCUGACACCGUGCCGGAAUCCAUGGGAGAAACACAAAGACUGAAUUUGUUCCAGUCCAUCAACAAUGCUUUGGAUACUGCCCUUGCUACAGACAACACUGCUGUGGUAUUUGGAGAAGAUGUUGGUUUUGGAGGAGUUUUUCGAUGCACGAUAGGACUUCAAGAUAAGUUUGGAAAGGACCGUGUAUUCAACACUCCGUUGUGUGAACAAGGGAUUGCUGGAUUUGCUAUAGGAGUUGCAGUGGGUGGAGCUACUGCCAUUGCUGAGAUACAAUUUGCAGAUUAUAUUUUUCCUGCAUUUGAUCAAAUUGUGAAUGAGGCAGCAAAAUAUCGCUACAGAUCGGGCAACAUAUUUAACUGUGGGAGUUUAACAUUCCGAGCCCCUUGUGGUGCAGUUGGUCAUGGUGCUCUAUAUCAUUCACAGUCACCAGAAGCUUAUUUUGCUCACACUCCCGGCCUCAAGGUUGUUGUGCCCCGAGGACCAAUUAAGGCAAAAGGACUCCUGCUUGCAUGUAUUCGUGACCAAAACCCUUGCAUCUUUCUUGAGCCUAAGGUUCUUUAUCGCUCAGCUGUGGAAAUGGUGCCCGCCAAGGAUUACACAAUGCCACUUUCAUCAGCUGACAUCCUUGUUGAAGGUGAGGACAUAACACUUGUAGCAUGGGGAACGCAAGUUCACGUACUACGAGAAGUGGCAGAACUUGCACGUCAGCAACUAAAUGUAUCUUGUGAAGUGAUAGACCUUGUCACUAUUCUGCCAUGGGACACAGAAACUGUUUUCAAUUCUGUAAAGAAAACUGGUCGAAUGCUAAUUGCACAUGAAGCACCUAUAACUAAUGGAUUUGGGGCCGAGAUUGCUGCAGCUGUACAGAGUGAAUGCUUCCUUCAUCUAGAAGCCCCAAUUGAACGUGUUUGUGGCUUCGAUACUCCAUUUCCCCACAUCUUUGAACCAUUUUAUUUACCAGACAAGUGGCGCUGCCUCAGUGCUGUAAAGAAACUGAUGACCUAUUAAGAGAAAAUAUAUACUGCAUAAAGAGGAAGUUUAGAUGAAAAAGGUGUAUAGUUUAUUUUAUUACAGUAUUUUAAGUUUUAAGUUAUUUUUAAGAGGUGUUUUUUUUAUACUAAGUGAUACUAAAUUAUUGAAGUUAGAAUGGGUAUUUAUUAAAUGGUAUACAAUGAGAAAAUUUAUUUAUGAUUUACUUUAAUAUUCUUAAAUAUAUAAAUUGGUUUUAACUGCUAUGACCAGUGUCAAUUGAGUCAUAUAUUUGUUAGCAUUCUUAUGUAUAGUGUACAUUAGAUUGCUGCUCCAAUGAAACCAAUUCAGAUGGAAGAUCAAAUAUACUGUAUCAAGAAGAUGCCAAUCUGCUAAAUAAGAGGAAUUGUCAUGCAUAUUAGCAUAAACAAAUGUUAAAUUAUUAUUAUUUAUAUUAAACAUUAUUUAAAGUGUUUUUUUCUGUAAUUUGCACAAAAAUAAGAAAGUGGCACAAAUUUGAAGAAAUAUCAAGGCUCAUAUUCAAUGAAAAAUCAAAUUCAAUAAAAGAGAUUCCAGAUCCAGUUAUCCCAUUUAAAACGGAGUCCUUUGUAUUUAAAGAAAUAAGUGUGUACGAGACUUUAAGCUAAUGAGCAAACAAAAAUAUACGUUCAUGAUUUGUCAUCUUUAUCAGUCUACCAUGGCAAAAAUAUAGCACCUAUAAUUUUCUGCUUGUUUUCCCAAACAUGAUACAAUUUUUUCAAUCAUUUCAUAAACAUUCAUUGUGAAAUUUAAAAUAAAGACUCAUGAAUAAGCUAGCCUUGAAGUAAGUGGUUCAGGGGAAGAGUCAAGUCUUGGACUGGUGUAAUGUAACAUUUUAUCUAUUUGCAAUACUAAUACAGUACCAUUCACCUGGGCGCUAGGAGACUCGAACCAUGGACCCCAUGUGUGGGGUCCGGGGUUUAAGUCUCCUAGAGCCCAGGUGAAUGGGAUGUUUAUUUCCACGGAAGUGUGGAUGUCAAUUUUACUAAUACAGUAGUUUAAUUCGUUCAUCAAUUUAGUAUGUAAUUAAUGAUUAGUAAAAAUUUGGUUGUGAAUAUUUAUUAGAAAGAUAAUGGAUUUACUGAUUUAUGUAGUCUCUUGUAGUGCUGAGAUACAUUUCACAUGUCUAGUAAUAAUGUACUGUACAUUACACAUAGAAAUCACAUUAUCAUGAUAUAUCAAUGAGAAAAUCCACAGGAGCUGUGAUGAGGAUUCAAACCUAGGCGCUGGGUGUUCCCAGAUGCACCCUCUAGUUGACUAGGCAACGACAUGG